AUGUCAGCUUCCACUUCUCACCCUGCUGGCUCGACACCACUGGCCCUACCGCCUGGUAUCGAUGUUGAAGCGUUCAACAAGUUCAAGGAUUGCAGAGAAUAUCGAAGUUAUUGUGUGGCGCCACGCAACGUCGGCCACGUGCAGGCUCUUGUCGGCCUGGCCAACCCGCUGUCGAUGCCGCUGUGGCCCAUCCCCAUUGAGCGCAACUCUGGGUACGGCGGUUCAGGUCCCCGUAUCCUCGAGGUGAACGUCGCCGGCGCGUACUGCCUGGUUGAGCCGUGCGUCACGUUCCAGGACAUGCACAACUACCUCGUUGCGAACAAUUUGCGCGACAGGCUGUGGAUCGACGUGCCUGACCUGGGCGGCGGUUCCAUCCUGGGCAACACGCUCGAGUGUGGCGUCGGAUACACACCGCACGGCGACCGCUUUGUGAUGCGCAGCGGCAUGGAGAUGGGGCAGCCGUCGGGCGACUGCGCAAACCGGCGACCACAGGCCUGCGGCCAGUCGUUCCUCAUCACGCUGCCACGCGACGAGGACCUCAAGCAGGCUGUUGACAUCGUCCGGCCUCUGCGCCUGGCCAUGGUCCUGCAGAACCUGCCGACGAUGCGUCACAUCCUGCUGGACGCAGCCGUCCUGGGCACCAAGGCGGAGUACACCGACAAACAGGGCGUGCUGGGCGACGAAGAGCUGGACGCUAUUGGCAAGAAGCUGAAUCUGGGCCGCUGGACCUUUUACGGCGCACUGUACGGACCCGAACCCGUCCAUAAUGGCAUCCCGACCGUUGACGAGCUGCGUUGGGUCUCGUGGCUGCCCAACGGCGCGCAUCUUUUCUCCUCGUCCGUUCGGGGCGAGGACGCCGUGGACACCGUGGCGCAGUACGAGGUGGCGCGGCGGCGCUGCGAAGAGGCCGAGCUCGACUUCAUCGGCACCGUCACCAUUGGCAAGCGCGAGAUGCACUACAUUGUCUGCAUUGUCUUCAGCAAGCACGACGCGGCCCAGAAGCGGCGUGCGCCCUGGCCAGAUCAUGGGCACGUACAACUGAAACAACAGCAGCUUCCUGCGCUUCAACGAGGCCAUCAAGAACGCCGUCGACCCGAACGGCAUCAUGGCGGCCGGCAAGUCCGGCGUGUGGCCCAAGAACUAUAA